UCUAAUAAAAAAUAUAAAAUCAAACAGUAUGUAUAAAUUUAUUUUAAAAAUACAAGUUAAUUUCCAUAUUUUUCACAUGAAUGUGAAAUAUUGUGUACUAAAUGGUACCAUUUUUACAGUAAAAGUUAAAUGACCCAAGAUCUAAAGUGAGUUUUUGACAAAUAAAUUAAACUAAAGGACAUAUUUCUGAAAUAAAGAACUGUCCUUAAUAAUAAAGGCUGUAUGAAUACUGUAUCUAUAACCUCUUCCUGGUGUCUAUACCAAUGUUUUUAUCAAAAAUAAUUUUUUGUGUGCAGAUUUCAAUUCUAAGUCAUGGGAUUUUUUGACUAUAUCAUGCUUUCAAGAAAUAGUGUUUAUCAAAUUCAUUGCUAUCUUCCUCCUAUUCAAUUAAGUAAUAUCCUUCAGUUGGGAAGCACAAUUAAACACAGUAAAUCCUUUUUUUUUUUCUUUUCAUGUGUGUUGAGAAAGAAAGAGAGAAAGUGAUACUUUUGUAAAAAGAUAAAUUAUUGUAAGUAGAGAUGAAUGAUAAAGUAUAACAAAGGCUUAGAUGAAAAACUGAAGAUGUCAGCCAAAGUAAGAUUGAAAGAGAUGUGAAAAGUUAGUUACAAAUAACUAAAAGGUUCUUUUCACCUCCCAUGGACUUUGUUUGCACUUGGCCAAGGGAUGUAUACCACAGAGUUUGGAAAACCCUGAUUUAAGUGUUCUGGCUUCCUUCAUUUUUUUAAAUCUUAGAUCUGCUGCAUUUCAGAAUGAACCUAUUAUGUUCCCUGCUUAUGUUCCUGUUAUUCUUCAGAAUUCAGUUUGGAAAACCUGCAGGCAGCUAUUAUCCUCUAAAGAACUUCUGGCCUCAAGCUAAACCUUCCAGAGGCAAGGCCAACUGGAUCCACUGGGCUAAUGACAUCCCAUGUUCUGAAAGGAGCUUCAGCUCUGGCAAAGAAGGUCUGAAAUCCACAGUAGCCCUUCUGUGCAAGCGGCAAGAGCAUCAAGUGCAGUUAUGGCCAGGGUUGCCUCCAACAAAAAGCAAGGGGGUUCCAUUAUUGGAAGGGGCAUUGGUGUUAGAAGGGAGCCAGGAUCUCUCCACCUACAACUGGAAUUCCUUUGGGUUAAGAUAUGGAAAGAGGCAAGCAGUAAAAGCCCAGGAAAAAUCAAGAAAGCCUCAAGAAUAAUGGAGGGGGGGAAACAGGGGAGGGGAUGGUUUGAAAUGGAUCCCUUUUUCAUUGUUCGAAGGUUAUGACUACCGACAUUCCUUAAGUAUUAUUGUUGUUCAGUCUUUAAGUCAUGUCUGACUCUUUGCUACUCCAUGGACUAGAGCAUGCCAGACCCCCUGUCCUUCACUUUUCCCAGAUUUGCCCAAAUUCAUGUUUAUUGCAUUUAUGAUACUAUCUAACCAUCUCAUCCUCCACUGUGCCCUUCUCCUUUUGCCUUCGAAAUUCUUUGCCAUUGUCAUUCUUUGGGAUUGGAGUGCAAAUCAAUAUUUUCCAAUCCUGUAGAGUUUUCCAUACUUGGUUGCAUCCUGAGUGCAGUCCUUUAACAGCAUCGUCUUUUAGGAUUUUAAAUAAGUCAGAUGGAAUAUCGUCACCAAAGCUAACCCUUGAGUUUUUUAACCAAAUAGAUUGAAAAAUGUGCCAUUUAUGGAUAAGAUAAUUGUAAAAAUUAAAAGGUAUGGACAAUUUGGACAAUUACAUGAUGUUUUGGUGAAAAAUUGAGGCUUGGCUUUUCUACAGAAGAGCUUAUACUGUAUGUGAUAUAUAUGGUACAUGUUUUUUUUGGAAUUAGUCAUUGCUUCUUGCUUUCUUUAACAGCAGACAUUACAAUAAAAGUAAU